UAAAAGGUUUUGAGUAUCCCGCGCAAGGGAUCUAUCUAUCUAAUCUAUAAAGGGAAACGAAAACCCUCAAAAAUCUUCAAGCCCUAUCUAUCUUAAUUCGGAUUCUUUGCCUUCCGAUGGAUGAAGAUAGCAAUCGCGUCGACGCCGCUGCAUCUGCAAAUGCAUCUUCUUCCGUUUUUUCAGUUACCGCUCGACAAAGAUUCACCGUCGAGCUUAAACCAGGUGAAACGACGAUUGUAUCGUGGAAGAAACUUUUGAAGGACUCUAAGUCUGAGCCAUUGGAUUCAUCUAUUCAAGCCCCAUCCAAUGCUCAUCCUGCUCUCGAGGCUCGCAUAGCUCCUGGGCAGCCGAACAAAGGUGAGGAGAUAGAUGCUCCGCCUGCUAACCACCGUUUUAGUGCUGUUAUUGAGAAAAUAGAGCGCCUAUACAUGGGUAAGCAUAGUAGUGAUGAGGAAGAUAUGAAUGAUGUCCCUGAUGAUAAUGAAUAUGACACUGAAGAUUCUUUUAUAGAUGAUAACGAAUUGGAUGAAUAUUUUCAGGUUGAUAACUCAGCAAUAAAACAUGAUGGCUUCUUUGUUAAUCGUGGGAGACUUGAAAGAAUAGAACCUCCUUCAUUGCCUAGCCCGUCACCAAAAAAGAGGAAAAGGAAAGAUCUAACAAAAUCUCAAACCGAAGCUGAAAAAUGUGGUCUUCCAAAUAAACAACUGAAAGUGAGGAAGAAAGGAGCUGGAAAGUCGGAUCACUUGGUUGCGACUGAUAUCUCACACCUACCAAUUUGUGCUCAAUCUAGUGUAUCUUGUAAAGAUUUGAAUAUUCAGAGUGAAAUACAUGGUAGUCAAAGUUGUUCAAGAGAGAAAUUUGCAGGAACUACAACCAUGUUGGAUAAGUCUACUUCGUCAAAAGUUUCCAAUUCUGAUGUUGGUGGCUCCUUACCAGAGGAGAAGAAGAAGAAGGAUGUAGUCAAGAAGAUGGGAAAUGUGAUGCAUAGGCACCAGAAUAACAAGUUGAAAGAUGGGAAAUUAAUAACUAAUGCUAAUGAGUUAGAUCAAUCAAGUCGAAGGAAAGAAAAAGAUGGCUUUUGUGAACAGCCUAAUAUAUGUGUUUCUGAGAUCAAACAUCCCAUUCAAACUGCGAAGAGUCAAAUCACACUGAAGGAAGCUUCCGGUAUCAAACCAAAAAUCUCAAUGCUUGACAAAGCCAUUAAGGAUCUAGAGAAACUGGUGCAAGAAUCAGCAAAACUAUCACCAGUGGAAGUUCAGGAUGCUGAUAAUGUAUCUCAGGCAGUCAAGAGAAGGUUGCCAUGGGAAGUGAAGCAAAAGCUAGCUAAAGUUGCUAAAAUCGCGCAAACAAGCCAGGGGAAGAUAUCAAAAGAGUUGAUUGAGCGUCUUAUGGGUAUCCUUGGUCAUUUAGUGCAGCUGAGGACACUAAAGAGGAACUUAAAUGUUAUGGUUAACUCGGGCUUGUCUGCCAAAAAGGAGAAAGAUGAGAGGUUUCAUCAGAUUAAGAUGGAAGUUGCUGAUAUCAUUAAACUGCAGAUCCCCUAUAUGAAGAACCCCAAGGCACUGGAGCAUCAAGCUGGAUCAUCAGAUGAUUUUCAGGAAACAGGCAGCCUAGAGAAAGAAGCUGCGCAGAAAAAGUAUGGCAUGAAUGAUGUGUUGGAGAACAAGCUAUGUGAUAUUUACGACUUGUUUAUUGAGGGCCUAGAGCUGGAUGAAGAUGCUGGUCCGCAAGCCAGAAAGUUGUAUACGGAGCUUGCUAAAUUAUGGCCAGAAGGUUUUAUGGAUAACCAUGGGAUUAAACGUGCUAUAUGCAGGGCAAAAUCUAGACAAAAGGCGCUUCACAGUGGGCAAAAGGAGAAAAUUAAGAAGAAGAAGAUGGUUACAAAAACUGAGGUGGAGGAGGGGGUUAAAGCGGAGAUUAAGCCUGUCGUUCAAUCCCAAAAUGGGCAACGCAAGUCGGCCCUUGCACAGCUCAGCAAGCCCAUUCCGAAUGCAGCAAAUACUUCUUCUUCUAUCCCUUCUCAGACAAUCAUUACUUCUCCUGGUUUGGGCUUAACCAAGCAGGAUAACAAGAGUAAGGAUAACAAGAAUAAGGGUGAUUCGGUUAACACGAGUGAUGUUAGCAGGAUAAUAACCGAUCCAACUGUAAAGAAAAAAGUGAAGAGAAAGCAGCAAUUGGUGCCUGAAGAAGCUCAAUACCUCCACAAGAAGACACCACCAUCAUCAAAUUCUCUCGUCAAUGGAGAAGAAAGACCCAAGUCAAAAAAACAGUUAGUAGAUUCUCCGCAAAAGCCAACCAUGAAAUCUUCUCCGGUACCUGCUGCUUCCCGAACAGUCUCUGAACUACCACCCAAGCUCAGCAGCGCAUAAUACCAAUUAUUUAUGCAGAUCUUGUUUUUUGCCAUUCUCAGAAAAAGAAAGGGUCUUACAUAUAUGUUAUCCUUUAAAUUAGUAUUAAAAAUGUUAGUAACUAGGUUAGCCCCCCUCGUUUCAUCUUCGUUUUGGCAUAACUUCAUUUUAAUAGCAACUAUCAUUUAUUUACAUAAACUACUGAUUAGUUGUUGGGCGAU